GAACUUCACUUUGUGCAACAGGUCUCUCUCUCUCUCCAUCUGUCAGUCUCUUUCUCUCCCCUGUCUCCUUUUUCUUCUUCUACAUUUCUCUGUACUCCACAAGCCGCACCUUUGAGCAGAUGUUGGAUGUGCUGAUAAUAGGAGCUGGGCCCUCAUGCCUGACUCUGGCUACUCUGCUCUCAAACCAGCACAAGCACAUGAGCUUGUCCUAUAGCGACAUCCUCCAGGGUGUCCAGCUCAGCAAGCGUCGCUCCAAGACCAGGCAGCCCCAGAGGACAAGCCCUCCCACUGGGACAGUGUUAGAGACAUGCAAAGAACAGGAAUGUCCACCCUGUCCCCCGGUACACUUCAGAGUGGUGGACCCUUAUGGAGAAUGGGCUUCGCUGUGGGAGAGUCAGUUCAGGGGCCUCAACAUCCCCCAUCUGCGCUCACACGUGCUGGUUCACACUGAUCCUCUCAAUAAGAAAGCCUUGCAGGAGUUUGUGGUGGAAAGGGGCCGUGUGUCAGAGCUUCACCCUCUGCCUGAGAGGACCUACAUCCAGGAUAAGGAUGCCUUCUUUAAUGACAAGCGCCUGGGAAAGAGAGACAGAAGACGCCUGAGCAGUGUGGCAAGCCUACAGAAAAGCCUCUGUUUCAGUCUGCCAGGAACACAGCUCAGCAUGGACUUCUUCAGAGACCAGGUGCACAGGUAUGAUCUGCACAGCGUCCUGAUCAAAGGCACCGUGGACCGAAUCUUUCCAUUUGUCUCCAAGAAAAGCAAAACAGUGGAGUUCUUCAGAGUGACUCUAGACAACGGCGACACCAUUGACGCCAAAAGGGUAGUCAUGGCGACGGGACCCACCAGGGCACAGAUGGCGAACAUCCCGCCAUGGGUGUCGGCCAUCGCGGAGAGCUACCCGGAGGAGGGGCUGCGUCACACAGUCCAGCUCAUGCAGCCCUCCUCGCUCAGCAGCAAAACAAACACGGGUCCUCCCUCUGUGUGCUGCCCGAACCAGAGACUCAUGGUGAUUGGUGGAGGACUGACCAGUGCCCACAUCAUCUCCAUGGCUCUACAACAAGGUGCAAGUCAUGUGACCUGGGUCCUGCGCAAACACUUACAGCUGAAGCAGUUUGACGUGGGAGACGUGGAGAGCCUGAUUGGCCGCUACUCCCACGUGGAGCACGGCAUCAGGCUGGAUGGCCUGGCCUACCUGCGUCAGUUCUAUGGGGAGAGGAGUCUGCACAGACGUCUGGCCAUGAUCAAACAGGCCCGCAAAGGAGGAGCUGUCACCCCAGAGGCCUACGCUCACCUGCAGCCAUUCAUUCAGGCUGGCCAGGUGCAGAUCAGGGCGUACUGCCAGGUGACUGAGGUGAAGUGGUGUUACGGAACACAACGCUGGACAGUGUCUCUGUGCGACGGAGAACAGUGGAAUGGCGAGCGGAUCUGGCUUGCUACAGGCUGCAAGCUGGAUGUUCACCAAGACCCCCUGCUGUCUGACGUCAUGAAACACUUCCCAGUUUCGGUGCUGGAGGGCUGGCCGUGUAUAGGCGAGUCCCUGAGGUGGGCCCCUGGGUGCCCCCUCUACCUGAUGGGACAGUACGCAGCACUCCAGGUGGGGCCCCAUGCUGUAAACCUGGCAGGGGGUCAGGCCGCCUCUGUCCGCAUCGCCAGGGACAUCCUAGACUGGCACAGCGGCGAGGAGGGCUGCCCCGAGGCUGUUACAGCGCAGAGAACACGGACUGAGCAGUACCUGUCACACAUGCACGGCCUAAUGUGGUUAUGAUGCCUAGCUAGGCUUACAUACCCACCAAACCUGUGUUUGCAGUAGGACAUUUCACGUCCGGAUGAAAAGACUGCAAGUGAUUGCAACUCUUGUCCGUGAUUAAACAAGAAUAAAACUCCUGAAUCUGUUGACUUAAA